AUGUCAAGUCCUUACGGAUUCCCAGAGGUCCAUAUGAGCAUUCACAAUACAAACAUACAGAGGCUAACAGAACGGAUGCAUAUCGAUGAGUUCUAUGGUGACACUAAUGCAGAGGAGGUCUUGAGCUAUCUUGAUGCAUUUACUUCUCAAUGCUCGGUCAUGGACUCUCUAGGUGGAAUCACAUGGCUAGAGAUGUUCGAAACGCAUCUCAAGGGUAAUGCCAGAGGAAGGUACACCAAUCACAAAUAUGCUCAAGAAGCAAGGGAGCAGGUGAAUGAGGAACGGACGAGGGUCGAUUUCAAGAACAGAUGCCUGCCAAAGGGGAUCUUCUUGAGAGGAUUACACUCACGUAUCAGGAUGACCGUGAGGCUACGUAAACCUGCGGAUAUGGCUGAGUGCUAUUAUCAUGCUCACUGGGCAGACACCCACAGAGAGACAGAGUACCACAGAAGGGGUGACGAUUCAUGUCGUUAUGGAUCCAAACACAGCUCCACUGUUUCCUUGAAAGAAGAAACACAAGGUGAUGAAGAGGAGGAUUACAACAGUAUUUCAAGACAACAAGUGAAGGUACAUGGCGCAGAGGACUCUAUCAUCCUUGACACGUCAUACGACAAUGCUUCGAUACCAGCACAUGUUGAUUCAGGAGGACAUUGUAACUUCGUCUUCGCAGAAUUAGUCAAUGAGCUGCAAUUACAACUAAAGAAGAUGAAAGCAAUAAUAAUCCAAUACGCAAAGAAUGGAGCCACUAGUGCCACGGAUACAGGAGUGCAGCUCCCCAUUGAGGUUGCACUCAAUGACACAAUGUCCGUUAAGAUCAAUAACUUAUGCUAUUUUGUUUGAAAAUUACACUGACCACGAUACCUAUGACUACCAUUCAUGUGGAAAUACGAGGAGCAUAUCCCAUGGAGAGAUACCAGGCUGAGAUCUGAAGAUGAGACUCAGAAGACAGUCUUGAAUGAAAUGAAGACCCAGUACUCAUAAAUAAGUAAUACUCAGGAUGAGUAGUCCACUAGAAUUAGCCAAGGCACAAUAACUGCGACAAUAGAAGUUAGAACAAUGGGUUCUGGAAAUCAUUGUAUUUAGCACUGUGAGGACCACGAACACUCACGGAUUUGCUGGUCAACACAAGAUGCCUAGACCUGUUGAACAGACCAGUGGCUCACAACCAUCGAUUGGAGAUCCAUAGCUAAGGCCAACAGUUAAAGAACUGUAAAGUGCGAAACUGGUUGAAAUGCCACAGUGGAAGAGGUUUAA